GCACAGGGGAAGUGACUCACUCUCCAGGCUUGAGACAAAAUGGCUCCGAUUAGAGUGUUGUCACUUGUUCUCCCCAUCUUGUCAACUGUACCGUUGUUAUUGACACAAUUUGGCGAAUGCAAUAAUGGUCGAAGGUCAGGAGACGCGGUGGACACUGAUUUCAGCGGAUUCUCGGUGCCAUUAGAGCACUCGUUUGAAGUGGAUGAUGUGCCAAGAUUUCGACUUCGUGGUGCUCUACAGUUCAGGGGUGGGAGGGAAAACAGUGUGUAUCUCUCACAAAACCAGCUCUCAGAGAAAGACAGGAAUACACUGAAGGACGUGGCAGCAGUUGACGGUUUGUACAGGAUCCGGGUCCCAAGGGUCUCUCUACAGGUGGAUCGGCAGACAGAGAGACAGUAUGAAGGUUACCUUACCGCAUUCGUUAGAGCUUGCGCUCUGGUGGAGUCCCACCUCAGUGAUGUCAUCACCCUCCACACCGAUGUCAGCGGAUAUGUCAUUGGCAUUUCUAUAGUGACGAUCCCUGGGUCUUGUCGUGGGAUAGAGGUGGAGGAUGAGGUUGACCUGGAAGUCUUUAACACAACAAUAAGCGUCAUGGCACCCGUCACUGCACCUGUACCUGAAACAGCCCCUUAUAUUGAAAGGAUGGAAAUGGAAAUGGAAAAGAAAGGCAAAAACCCACAAGAGCAGAAAUCCUUCUUUGCCAAAUAUUGGUAUUUGAUUCUGGGAGGUGCAGUGUUCCUCAUGGCCACCAGUUCAGCACAGACCCCACCAGGGGGCGCCAGAGAGCAGAGCUGAUUUCCAUUCAUUUCAAUGGAUGUAUAUUGUCCCGCUUGUUCUAUUCCUGAUGAUGUCAGGAGCUCAGGAUCAGUCCGGAGGCGGAGCUGGAGGAGGGGCGGCCAAUGGAGGAGGACGAUGAUUUCCAUGGCAACAAAAACUCCUGUGUUGUACAUAAUAAUUUAAAGCAGAUUUUGAGUUCAUUGAGACACAGAAUAAUAUGUAUACGAUCACAAUUGAAGGAUUGUUGUAGAGAAAUAACGAUUGAAAAGCUUAACUUAUGACUGCAUUCUUGAUUUGCGUUUUUACUACUGAUUUAAUAAAAUAAUGAUGACCGGUAAA